GACGCCGGUGAGCGGUGCACACGAGGACCCUUCAUAAGGGGACGAUAUGGGCAAUGUUCAGCAAUCAUCGAUCAUCCCUGAACUUGCAGCCUCUCGACCAUCGGCUGGGCACGAAUAUUCCUUGCGCCGUGACUAUCCUCGAUAUUGGACAUGCUACCUUCGAGUUCCAGGCCUUCCUCAGAUUACGAGGGUCUUCUCCAUGGUGCUUCGACGACUGAUCUUUCAAGAUUACAUUCCGGAGCAUCCUCGCAGUUCAGGCGUUCAAGGCGCGUUUCGCGUCCAUCUUUCUUUCAGCAUGAUAUUCCCCAAUCUCCCGGCGACUCUGCGUCAGUGACAGAACAGUUUACACUGUAUCCUGACCCUGCAUCUUGGAAUACCGCCCUAACUGAGGAUUGCCCUGAAGAUGAUGAUUUUCUACACAACCCAGACCCUGGAGAUCGUAACGGCGACAGCGACCGAAACGUUUUCACCGUGCGAGGACUUACAAACCUGGGUUUUAUAUCGUUUCUACUACUUGGAAUUGUAGCAUUAUUUGGCGGUUAUCCCAUCAUCUCCCACUUUAAAGAACAGAAGUUACUCAAGGAUGGCGGCGUAAAUAUUGGCGGCCCAAGCAUCAUUACUGACCCUCCUUCAAUGUCGACGAGCUAUCAAAUCAUCGACCCGGACACGCCUGAAGAGGCACACACUAAAGCCGACUACAUUAAUGGCCAAGACUGGAAGCUUGUUUUCAGCGAUGAAUUCAACGUGGACGGACGUACCUUCUGGCCCGACGACGAUCCCUAUUGGGAGGCAGUCAACCUGCAUUACUGGGAGACAAACAAUUUGGAAUGGCUCGAUCCGACCGCGGUCACCACCCACAACGGCAGUCUGGAGAUUACCAUGUCGAAGAAGGAGAACCACGGCUUGGCCUAUACGAGCGGGAUGAUUACUACAUGGAACAAGUUUUGCUUUACAGGUGGAAUAGUCGAAGUAUCCGUCUCGUUACCUGGCACGAACAACGUCGUAGGGUUCUGGCCUGCCAUUUGGAUGAUGGGAAAUUUGGGUCGCGCAGGCUACGGUGCCAGUCUAGAAGGCAUGUGGCCGUACUCUUACGACUCCUGCGAUGUGGGUACAGCUCCAAAUCAGACCAAGAACGGCCAGCCGGUCGCCGCUACGAAGAACGGCGAUCCUGACUACGGCGGGGCGCUGUCCUAUCUGCCGGGACAGCGGUUAUCGCGCUGUUCAUGUCCUGGAUCGUCGCAUCCGGGUCCCAAGCAUGAUGAUGGCACGUAUGUUGGACGUGCUGCGCCGGAAAUCGACAUUUUCGAAGCACAAAUCACAGCGACCGGUGGACAGGUCUCGCAGUCUGCACAAUGGGCUCCAUUCGAUUCCGGAUAUGAUUGGCCCUCAGUUACCAACAAAUACUCGAUUAACGAUAGCUCGAUCACUGCUCUGAAUUCGUACCAAGGUGGAGUGUUCCAAGAAGCAACUUCCGGCUUGACGAAUACUGAUCAAAGCGCUUAUCAAGGCAAUGGUGGUCAGUACUCGACAUAUGGCGUCCAGUAUCAACCAGGAUUUGAUGAUGCGGUGAGUGUCGGGCUCGCCAAUGUAGGACGAACGACCGAAGACCUGAAUCAUCAUAAACGCCAGUACAUCGCUUGGAUUUCUAGCGGUGAAGUCGCCUGGGUGCUUCAGUCGGGAUUGCCAGCAGAUGAAACUGUCAAUAUCAGUUCGAGGUCAAUUGCGCAGGAACCCAUGUAUCUCAUCAUGAACCUAGGCAUGUCGCUGCAAUUCAAUGGCGACAUAGACUUCGAUGCACUUAUAUUUCCGGCGACAAUGCGCGUGGACUACAUCCGCGUAUACCAAGAGCCGAGCAGCAUCAACCUCGGCUGUGAUCCGUCAGAUUUCCCGACGGCUGCAUACAUUGAUCAGUAUUUGGAAGCGUACACCAACCCGAACUUGACGACCUGGACUGGAGACUAUGGGCAACCGUUCCCGAAGAACAGCUUCCUGGAAACUUGUUAGCUGUGCUGCCAAAAAUAUGCAUGUGCUAUUUUGGCAAUGAGUGAUGAUCUUCCCGCCCGGCUACCACGUUUCCUCUCAUGAUGACAGAUGCGCACUGAGUGUUGCAGA